AUGCCGAACCCGUGCCACCAGCAACCUGGUACGGGCCCAAUCUACACGCUGACUGGAUUCGACGCUUCGGAAGUGAAUUAUCAGGGUCGUAACCGAACGGUGUCUCAAAACGUAUCUGUGUGUGUUUUUGUGUUCCGUUUCUCCCCUUUUCUUACGCAGGGUGUAUUCUUCUUCAACAUCGUGCAGUGGACCCCGAUCAAGUACCUCGGCUACUCGUACCCGUUCUGGGCCCACGCGUUCGGCUGGUUCACGGCCCUCUCGUCGAUGCUGUGCAUCCCUGGCUACAUGAUCUGGUUGUGGAGAAAAACACCCGGAGACCGUGCGAACAAAAUCCGUCUGAUCGUUCGGAUCGAAGACAGUGUGAGCCAGCUGCGGGAGAGAAUGCGAGCUGACGCCGAAAAGGGAAUGGAGUUAUAAAAAGCCAGCGCCCCCCUCGCAACUUUAUCAGUUCACUAGCUAGUAGCAGUACACACACAUCCACACACACACACAUACACACAUACGCCUCCUAGUAACCCUCCAGUAACCCCCCAUCCAGCUAUCCAGCCAUCCAGCCCAACAGCCUACGCCGGCGUGAUUGCCGCUCGGACCGGCCAGAUUCGGUUCCCUGUUGGCCCAAAGCCCAGACGAGGCUGAAGGCUGGGCAGCCUAAAGGGAUGCGAUGCGAUGAGAAUGGCGCUUCAACAUUGUGUCAGGACUUAGGCAGUCAGGGCACGUCAAAUCCUUCUCUGAUCACUCCAGAAUGGUCUCGACUCUUUCCCUAUAUCAGAACUGUGUGUGCAUCAUUGUACUAGCGCUUCCCCAUUACUACCUAGUACCGGCACACUAUACACCGCUUCCCCCUCCCCCAUCCACCCUACCAGAUCACAUGAACCCCUGCCCACCCCCAGCUGUCUUUAUCUGAUGAUAAGAACGUGGACGUAACGUGGAAGUAACUAUAUGUUCCGUAGCGUGUUAAGAUUAUCCAAUGCUCCGACGAGAUCCCGAUCGACGAGAGAGAGAGAGAGAAGCGCGAGAGAAGCGAGAGAGAAGCGAGAGAGAAAGAGAGAGAGCGGGAGAGAUAGUGUGUGAAGCCUACGGGACGCAGCGUUCAACACCAACACCGCCGGCGCAACACCUUCACCCACCACCAGGGGUUGGGUGGUUGCUGAUAAGGCAACCAGGGACCCUGUAGGACCCCCCAGGCUUCCACCCUGCGUGGAAUCGUGUGGAAGGAAAUAAAUGUAAUUCAAUCGACCCUCUAUUUAUUCACGGCACUUUUGCACUUCGGACGACGCUACGACGCGCGCGCGUGCGUUGCCAAACCGCCCACCAGGCCGAGACCGAGGCCCGAGCCCCGA